UCCCUUCCGCUUCCGACGCGCUGUCCGCCAGCCGGUGCAUGUGCGGCAACAACAUGUCCGCCCCGAUGCCCGCCGUUGUGCCUGCCGCCCGGAAGGCCACCGCCGCGGUUAUUUUCCUUCACGGAUUGGGAGAUACUGGGCACGGAUGGGCAGAAGCCUUUGCAGAUAUCAAAAGUUCCCACAUCAAAUACAUCUGUCCACAUGCGCCUGUCAUGCCAGUCACAUUAAAUAUGAAUAUGGCUAUGCCUUCUUGGUUUGAUAUCAUUGGACUUUCACCAGAUUCCCAGGAGGAUGAAUCUGGAAUUAAACAGGCGGCAGAAACUGUAAAAGCCUUGAUAGAUCAAGAAGUGAAGAAUGGCAUUCCUUCUAACAGAAUUAUUUUGGGAGGAUUUUCUCAGGGAGGCGCCUUAUCUUUAUACACUGCUCUCACCACACAGCAGAAACUGGCUGGUGUCACUGCACUCAGUUGCUGGCUUCCACUUCGGGCUUCGUUUUCACAGGGGCCUAUCAAUAGUGCUAAUCGGGAUAUUUCUGUUCUCCAGUGCCAUGGAGAUUGUGACCCUUUAGUUCCUCUAAUGUUUGGUUCUCUUACUGUUGAAAGACUAAAAGCAUUGGUAAAUCCAGCCAAUGUAACCUUCAAAAUCUAUGAGGGCAUGAUGCACAGCUCAUGCCAGCAGGAAAUGAUGGAUGUCAAGCACUUCAUUGAUAAGCUCCUACCUCCAAUUGAUUGACAUCACUAAGAGGCCUUGAGUUGAAGCUCACCAGCAUCACAGUAGUGAUCCCAUGACUGAUCAUAAAACUUCUAAUGUUUGCAGUGUUAAAAAUGUUUUGCAAAUACAUACCAAUGAUACAGACUAAAUGAUGCCUCCCUCAUGGGAAAUGUAUGAUCCUUUUAAGUUUCUAUGCAUAUAUUUGUAUUAUACCAUUCAGAAUAUACUAGUAUUACAGUAGGUAAGUGAAGCAACUAGCUUCUUUGUCUCAAAUUAAUCAGCAAAAUAAGAUAACACAAGCAGAGUUUUAUUAUAGCAUUUGAAAAUUACUAGUCUGAAAAUGUGUUCAGGUCUAAACAAGCUGUUAAGAUGUAAGUGACUGCUGGGCGGUGGUGGCGCACGCCUUUAAUCCCAGCACUUGGGAGGCAGAGGCAGGUGGAUUUCUGAGUUCAAGGCCAGCCUGGUCUACAGAGUGAGUUCCAGGAUAGCCAGGGGUACAAGAGAAACCCUGUCUUGAAAAACCUAAAGAAAAAAAAAAAAGAUGUAAGUGACUUCUCAAUUCUGUGAGUUAAACUAUAGUUUUACUCCACGAUUGUUCAGUAACCAUGCAGUAUCUGUAUUUGUAUGUUUAUAUUCAUACAUACGUGACUGUAAUACCUAAGAAAAGUAACUAAUCAGAUGGUAUUAAAUUAUUCCUAGUAAUAGGGGUUAUGCUUUUAUGUGUCAAAAAGUAAUACUGCUCUCUUCAAUUAAUGGCCCUUCUACUAGGGAACCAGGCUUUUUUCCCCUUCUGUGUAAUUUUUCUCCUCUCAAGGAAAAAAAGUAGUUUCUUUGUUUUUUGAUUUUCCAUAGAAAACUAAUAAUGCCUCUCUUUCAUUAAAAAAAAAAAAUUUGUCACUAUAUAUUAUUUGGCAUUUUUACACAGACAUACAGUAUUUCUGAUCUAGGUAAUGUGAAAGGAAACCAAACAUUACUUAAGGUUACAUAUUUCAAAUAACUGCACCUUAGUCGAACUUUAGGCUAUAGAGUUAUCAGAAUCUUCAGUCCUGGUGAUAAUUCUGUGGUUUUAUUUUUCUGUAAAAAACUUAAAGGGUAAAUAAUAUGUUGACAUAUUUAGACAUACUUGUGACUGGUAUUAAAAUAUAAUUUCUUAAACAUCUUAUAGCGGAGUUUAAGUUUACAUUUUCUUUACAUGUUAUCCUUAAAACCAAAUACUGUUCAAGAUGAGCAAUCAGACUUUUAUUUUUAUCUGGGUAGUAUACAAAUUUGAAAUUUUCAUCUUAAGUAAAGGAGCUUUUGAUAAUCAGUCUCCUGUUCACACAUUAAAAUAACAAUCAUUUGAAUAUAAAUAAUAAACAUGUUCAAAAUACUGGUGAAAGUUAUUUAAUUUAUGGGUAAUAAGAAUUGGUUAGAACAUAUUAAAACCCAUAUUUAUAACUGUUACCACAUUGUUGAAUAUGUUGCAAAAAUUAUUGCUAUUUCUGAACGGUUGCUUUUCCUGCUGUUUUCCAACCAACAAAAAAGAAGUACCUUUAUAACUGACGCUAACUGAUACAGAGAUCAUUUUGAAAUGUCCUAGAUAGAAUGUUAACAAUGAAGCUGAAUGUUAAUGUCUGGAUUUAAAACAAUUUCAAACAAUCAUUUACUAAUUUGCUUUACUUUGAAGAACAUAAAUUUACUUCAGUUAUUCUAUCUGGAAUGAUUUAAUUGGGAUAAGAAAUAUUACGUUGAAUUUGUAUGCUGUAAUGUGGGAAAAUGUCAUGUUUUUCACAGUUUCUAUUAAUGUGAAAUAAAAUUUAAUUUUGGCUUUAUCGAU